ACCCUUCUCAUGGUGUCCCUGCCCGGUUUCCUUUAGGCUCACCUGUUCUUAGAGCAAUGUCUUCCCAGCAGCAGCAGCAGCAGCAGUGCCCACCCCAGAGGGCCCAGCAGCAGCAAGUGAAGCAGCCUUGUCAGCCACCCCCUGUUAAAUGUCAAGAGACAUGUGCACCCAAAACCAAGGAUCCAUGUGCUCCCCAGGUCAAGAAGCAAUGCCCACCAAAGAGCACCAUCAUUCCAGCUCAGCAGAAGUGUCCCUCCACCCAGCAAGCCUCCAGGAGUAAACAGAAGUAAGGAUGGACUGGAUAUUACCAUCAUCCACCAUCCUGGCUACCAGAUGGAACCUUCUCUUCUUCCUUCUCCUCUUCCCUCCAGCUCUUGAGCCUACCCUCCUCUCACAUCUCCUCCUGCCCAAGAUGUAAGGAAGCAUUGUAAGGAUUUCUUCCCAUCAUACCCCUCCCCACACAUACCACCUUGGCUUCUUCUAUAUCCCACCCUGAUGCUCUCCCAGGUGGGUGUGAGAGAGACCUCAUCCUCUGCAGGCUCCAGCAUGGCCACAGCUAAGGCCCAUCCAUUCUCCAAAGUGAGGAAAGUGUCUGGGCUUCUUCUGGGGUUCCACCCUGACAAGUAGGGUCACAGAGGCUGGUGCACAGUCUCUGCUUCAUUCCUCUCCAUGAUGCCCCCUGCUCUGGGCUUCUCUCCUGUUUUCCCCAAUAAAUAUGUGCUUCAUGUA